GCUUCCAGAUCUCAGGCAGAGAGAGGCCCUUCCCGUUGUUGUCAUUUGAGAUCCUUGAAAAGUGGAGCACCAAUCAUGCCCAGCACAGCGUUUGCCACAGUAGAUCAACAGGAACAGGUUUUCAUUAUGGCGGAGGCAGGAAGAGCAGAUGAUGACCCCAACCUGGUAGACCAAGAGCUCCGCGACAUGGAUGAAGACCAUCUGUGGGAGAUGGUGGAGGGCCAUCGCUACAGAAUAGUGCGGGGCGUCUGCCCAAGCCGGCUUACUCCCUACUUACGCCAGGCCAAGGUGUUUGGUCAACUGGAUGAGGAAGAGGUGCUGCACAACCCCCAGUUCACAAACAGUGCCAUGCGAGUGGGUCACAUGCUGGAUCUCUUGAAAUCCCGGGGGAAAAAUGGAGCCCUGGCUUUUCUGGAAAGCCUGAAACUCCACAACCCUGAUAUUUAUGUCCUCAUCACUGGCUUGGAGCCUUCCAUAGAUCACAAUCAUUUCAGUGACCUGAUUGAGAGUUCCCAGCUGACAGAAUGCUUGGCCAAAGCGGUGAGCAGCCUGCAGGAGGAGCUGAGCCAAGAGAAAAGGCAAAAGGUGUCCCUGUUCCACCACUGCUGCAAGCUGAAGGAGAACACUGCCCAGCUGGAAGCCCGAGCUGAAAGCCUGCAAGGCAUCGAGGCAGAGUGCAAUCGCAUGAAGAGGGAGCUUAGUGCUCACUUCCAUGAGGCACUCAAGCUUAAAGAUGAACUCUAUGGCCUAUCUUUGCGCUACAGCAGUGCCCUGCAAGAGAAGGACCUGGCCAUCACCCGCUGCCAGAGCCUGCAGGAAGAGCUCUAUCUGGUGAAGCAGGAAUUGCAGCGAGCCCAAGUGUCGUUGUAUUGUGACAGAGAGAGGUCUCUGAGGACAGGGGAGGGCCUGCAGUCCCAAGCAGAUGAGCUUCUGGUGCUGAGAGAGGAGAAUGAGCGUCUCAAGACCCUGGUGGAGCUGAAGAACUUCAGCAUGGUACAGAAAGACAUUCUAGAACAAGACCUUGAUGAUGCUCUGGAGGGUAAACAGGAGCUGCUGAACCGUAUCCAUUCACUGAGAGAGCAGGCCGUGUUUGCUGAGAAUCAACGCAAGCAGUGCUGGGAAGAAAAGGAACAGACUCUGAUUAAAUGCCAGAGGAUGAAGGUGGACUGUGAGAUCUACAAGGAAAAAAUCAGUGCUCUCCAGGCACAACUGGCUGACCUACAGAAAGAAAGAGAUCAGGCCUAUAGUGCCCGAGACACAGCUCAGCUGGAAAUUUCCCAGAGCCUUCUGGAAAAAGAUUCACUUCGACGCAAGGUCUUUGAGCUCACCGAUGAGAUCUGUGAACUUCGGAAGCAGCAGGUUCAAGCGAAUGAGCUUGCCACUUCUAAGUCCAGGGAACCUUGCCCAAAGAGGAAGCAACGCUUGGUACGCAUGCAUGCCAUCGGUCCCCGGGAAGACAGCCAGGACAGCUUACUGAGCAUGUCCGAGUCUUGGUCUGAUUUAAGCCAGAAGUCUUCCCAAGAACUGUUUGAGAGCUUCCGUUCAUGCAGCCCGAUCCCGCCUUGCAAGCAUUCUUUGCAAAGGAGAGCAUUGCAGGAAAGCUCUUUCUCCAGGAGCAGUUCCCAGGAGUUUCUGGAAGAGGAUUUUUCCCUUCCUUCGGAGGAGAAAUUGGAGGAUCCCCUUUUUAUGAAUGAGGAGGGCCAAGAAGAAGGCAGCUUGAUGUGCCUCCACAUGGAUCCCUGCAUCUCAGAGAGUGUGCCCAUGCGCCGUCGGCUGGCCCAGCGCUUCCCAAGCCGCAUCACCACCAUUGCCUUCCAGGCCAAUGCUUUGCUGGAGCAGAUUAGCAUCAUUGGGGGCAACCAGACUGGCAUCUUUAUUCACCAAGUCACACCUGGCUCAGCUGCUGAUGAAAUGUCCUUGUCUCCAGGUCAUCAGAUAGUGCUGGUGGAUCAUGGCAUCAUGGAACCCGGCUCCAAAGCUGUCCUGGAGGAUGCAACCAUGGAGGAGGCUCUUUGGGUCCUGCAGAGGGUCAAUGGCUUCUGCUGCCUAUCUGUGAAACCUAACAUGGAGGGUUACAAGAAGCUGCUGAGUGACCUGAACUCCAAACUGGUGACAUCUGGUGACUCUUUCUAUGUUCGGUCUAAUCUGUGCCUGGAGGCGCAGGCCAUUGGGGAGCUCCCUGUGGCCUGCCAUGACAUCCUCCAUGUCACAGAUACCACGUGCCAGGGCAAAACUCGGUGGAAUGCCUGCCAGGUGGAUCCUUACACCAUGAAGGACAUGAAGGCCGGCACCAUCCCCAACUACUGCCAGGCUCAACAUCAUCUCAUCACUCUGAUCCAGGGGAUGGCUCAGAAGAGCAUGAUUUCUCGCAAGAAUUCUGGGGUACAAACCAAGUUGGUGCGUAUUGUAAGCACUGACAAGAACAACAUCAACCCACUCUGGUCAUCCAUGGAUCGCAGUCUGUCAGACUUCAGUAAGACAAAUGAGAACUGCCACGUGAGCCUCCACAGCAGGACCUGUGUCAGUCUGAUGCCAUACACUUUGGUCAGGCCCUGCAGGCCUGGCCGGCCACGUCCAAUCCUCUUGGUGCCCUCACUUUUGGGGAAGAUCUUGGCAGAAAAGCUAUGCCUGUCAAAGGGCUUUGAGAAAUGUGCAGCAGAGACCCAAAAUGCUCAGAGUACAGAUGCUCUCCCUGGAAACAAACUGACAAGUAGCAGUUCCUGCAUUCCCCGUGAGGCUCUGGAGAAGCUAAUGCAAAAGAAUCUCCAUGGCUGGCUGGACCUGGGCCUGGAAAGCAUGCAGGGCCUUCUGGCUAUGGAAAUCUAUCCCAUCAUUAUUCUCGUCAUCAUCACAGAGAAGAAUGGCAAGAAAUUCCGAAAAGCCCUGCAGCAUCUUGGAGCUACUGAGGAACAGUUGCUGGACAGCACCCGGAGAGAGGAGACCCAGCUGGAGACAGUGCCUUGCCUAUAUGGGGUCAUCACCCCUGAUGCCUGGAAUGACCUCGAUGGACUUGCAAGCUGUGUCCGUGCAGCCAUUGCUGAUGAGCAGAAGAAGGUGGUGUGGGUAGAGCAAGUGUCUCAUUAAUCCUUCUGGAGCCGAGUAGAAUCUCAGUCAUCCUCUUACAAGUUUAUCAUCUUUGAUGUGUGGACCCAGUUCCAGCUCUGGGUGAGCUUGUAGUACUGGGAUAUUUGCAACAUGCUGUCUUUUAAAAGCAGGAAUGCAUGUGCCCAGUUUCUCCUCUCCUGUCUUCUUCUAGUUCUACUCUUCUGCCAAAGGCAGGUGGGCAGGAGGAGGAGGAGGAAGGAAGCGGAAGCUGCUUGGGGCUUGCAUUCCUGCCCCACAGGGAGUCAUCUGUGGCUAGGGCUUGAUUAUGGCAGGGGCACUCCUUGGACUCUCCCCAUGGUUUGGACUAACAACUUGCACAGUUUUUUUUUGCACCUGGUCAUGGUGGCUGGGGC